AUGUUCCGUUUGCUUUAUGUACUUAAUCUAAUUGGUACACCGGUACAUUAUGCAAAGAGCGGUUUGAAAACUGCAUUUAAGUUUGUUUGUGGGGAAUCUGCGGAUCCUAGAGAAGAUUUCGAAAAAGACGAGACAUUAUGUGAUGAAUUCUCUGCGUCUGUAGAUAAUCUUUUUCAUUUGUUUCCUGAGAUAUCAAAUUUUGCCACUGGAACAGCAAAUGAUCUUUUCAGAACAUUUCAUGAUUUUUCUCUGGAGACUGGUAUACCUGCGGCUGCAGUGCUAAUGUCACAAAGAAAGGAAUGCAGGAGAUGUGGAAAACCCCUACAAAUAGACCAAAAUUGGAAAUCCAUUGUCGUGUAUCACCUUACUCGUGGGACCUAUCUUGGUUGUCGUAUUUCGAAGAAGUGUUCUAAGUGCAAAGUAUAUGAACAUUAUGGGAUUUUUACUGAAAAUGGCCAAAGAACGUUUGAUUCAGAUUACUUAAACAACGAGUUUCUGAUGAGCACAGACGAGACGGCGAUAGAUAUGAUGUUACUUAAAUAUGCAAAUGAGGAUAUUAUUCAAGGAGCUGUUUCAUUUUUACUAAAGUUUACAACACUGUUCACGGGUAUUCUCACACAGUCAACGAAAACACAACAAGCGAACCACAAGUCCUUAACACUAGCCAGGAGGCCAAGAAGAG